AUGCCGUUACAGAAGAGCAUGCCGCAACGGACUCCUCAGUCAAAAUCCUCCAAUCUGCCUCCCCACACCGAUGAUUCUGGCUCUGGAGGUAGGCAUUUGCCCGUUCAGCAAAAGUCAUCCGCUUCAGCCAAAACACAGGCUGCGAAGACUAACAGGCAGGUGCAAGCAGUGGAGGGUCCUCCGUCACGAAGGAUGCAGAAAAAUUCGUCCUCAGGUAGCAUCACGACGGAUAGCUCCAAUUCCAGUUCGUUGCCUUUUAGGAAUAACACGGAGCAGCGCCCUGGUGGUGCCCAAACUCGCCGAAGACAAUCGAUUAGGGAGCAGAACACGACAAUUGGCCCGCGAAAUGGAGAUCCUGUGAAACGGGCGUUCACCAAUUAUUCGAAUCCUCAAACGUAUUCCGAGAACCCUUCCACACAGCCCUCCACGUCUCACGAACACACGGGAAACUCAAGCUCUCGUUUGAGUUUUGGCUCAGCAACAGCUAGUGGUUCAUUGAAGGAUGAGAGUCCGACUCCCCCCGAGAACAGCGAGUUCCUCGCGCCAAUCAGUUUCGACGAUUUCCAUAAUAGUAUCAUGUCGAAAGAACCAAGUUUAAGUCAUUUCCCUCUUCCUAUGGCCAGCAGUUAUGAUUUGAAACCCCCGGCUCCAAGAUCGACGCCGAGGUGGUCAAGCCAACAGCCACCGCAAAAUGGGAACCAUGUGCGGACAGGCCAGCUGGCCCGAAGAGAAAGCAAUGCUUCACGGAGCACAGUGGGGAGUGUAACAGGAGUAAAUGGAAAUACUCAACCUCAAGGAACUACUGCAUCUCGUCCGCGUCGGCUAAGCCACGCUCCUCCUCCAUCUUCUACUGCUUCAACGUCGCGGCCGCCUAGGAAAUCUAUUGGACCGGGUAGCUUGAUAUCUGACAAUGGAGAUCGCGUUGCUCCGCGGCGAAGACCAAGUUUAUCAGCAAGGAAAGUCUCGGAUGCAAAUCGUCCAGACCAGCCAAAUUUUAACCCUCAAAACUUUGAUGUUGGUGGUCCUUCCGAGUCUACAAUGUUUCUAAAUACACCUAGGUAUCAAAAAGCAAAAUCGUUGCAACCACCUUCCCGAAUAACCAGGGAUAGUAGGGAUAGCCUGUUUGUUCCAUCUACUGGGCCAGAACCCUUGAGGUCUUCGUCAAAUAAUGCUGUUCGAACUCCAGCCAAGACUGGACUAAAUCGGACAACUACACCCUCGUCAUCCAAGCGGAUUUCUGUUAUGCCACCACAUGCUCACGGCUUAGGGGCACGAACGAUAAGCCCUACCGAUGCUAGGCGUAUGAAAAGAAUGUCGCUGAUGCCCCAACCGCCGCCCAUGCCACAUACUCCUCCCACACAGCAAAACAUUGUGCUUCCCAGACCUCGUUCUUCUGCCCAGUCUCCUUCCAUGAUACCGAGGAAAAGUGUCACCCCUUCCUCUUCAAGGACCACUCCUGAUCCUCAUCGCAAAUCCUACAGUUCGGGGAUUUCAUUAUCAUCCAAUACCAGUUACAAUUCUGCUCGGAAUUCAAACGGGUCCUUGCAACCCAGGCUUUCGCAGAAUAUUUCUACCUCUAGAUUGCCAACUCCGAAACCACGUGCAGACAACGCCUCCAAUAACGAUGAGGAAGAAGUCCCACCGGUUCCAGCAAUUCCGAAGGCAUACGAAUCGCCUAAGACUGAAGGAGAAGUCCAAUUGCCUCCUGCUCGAAAAUCUAGCCUGCCGUCUGAAACCGGAUCACUCAGAGAUAGUUUAAAAUUGAAUUCUGGUAGCUUUGAAACUCCUAGCAAGGGGCCUACAAUAGAUGACUUUCAUGUUGCGAGACCAGUUGUCCAUAGGAUGGAAUCUAAACCUCGACCUGUUUCAAACAUUGGGUCGCAAAAAUCUCCAACCAUUGAAGCUCCCACCACUCAAUUUAUUGCCUCUAAGCGUUCCUAUGACUAA